UUGAAACUAGAGAUAUAUUACUAUUCUUUAACUUGCCGCGUGCCGCGUGUGCCGUUUGCACGCUCGAUAGCUCUUUCAAACAAAUCAAGAUGUCGAAGAGAGGACGUGGUGGAUCGGCUGGAGCCAAGUUCAGGAUAUCCUUGGGUCUACCGGUUGGUGCGGUCAUCAAUUGCGCUGAUAACACUGGUGCCAAGAACUUGUAUGUUAUCGCAGUGCAGGGUAUCAAGGGCCGCCUGAAUCGCCUACCAGCUGCAGGAUCUGGCGAUAUGAUUGUUGCAACUGUGAAAAAGGGAAAGCCUGAACUUAGGAAAAAGGUGAUGCCUGCGGUGGUCAUACGGCAGCGAAAACCGUUUCGGAGGAAGGAUGGGACGUUCAUAUACUUUGAGGACAACGCCGGUGUAAUUGUCAACAAUAAGGGUGAGAUGAAGGGAUCGGCUAUUACGGGACCUGUUGCGAAGGAAUGCGCAGAUUUGUGGCCAAGGAUCGCGUCCAACGCCAGCAGCAUCGCGUAAUUCACAUCCUGUAUAAAUAUAUUGUCCUUUACAAAAUAAAUACAAAAAUAAGUAAUACAACUGCA